AUGGUUUCCGCAUUCUUCUCCUGGUUGUGUGUUGUAUUUCAAAUUGCUCUACACCGUAGCCGAUGGCGUUUGCGGCUCGAACGAAACACCCAGGACGGUCAACAAGCCGCACGAAAUUUGUCUUCUUCUCUACUUCGGCCCGAGCUACGCAGGGGGCGCGUGGGUAUGCAUCAAAAUAAAAGGCCCGGCCCCCUUACGCGUGUAAGUAACCCUCGGGCCGUGAGGACAGACACUCCGGCGGCGCGAAAAUCUAGAAAAAAAAAAAGGCGCCGAGGAGUCUUCUCGAAGCACCAAGGAAGUCAGAACUCUUCUUCUCUAUUGUUUGAGCAUUCUGGCCCGAGUGCUGUGUGUCCAGAUAUUGCCUUUGGCGCGAGCACAUCCUUGGCCUUGCGUUGUAUGCAUAUUACUUUGACGAGUUUUCUCAUUCUCUUUUGGAACGAGCCAAGAACUUUUUGCUUACGUGAACCUGUGAAGCAGUUCUUAUCUAGGAAACGUAUCUUUUGCUUUUGCAUUAAUACAGCAGACCCCGCAGGGGCAACUCACAAAACACAACAAAGUCGCAUCGAGCAUAUUUAUUAUUUCCCGGGCCCGGGUUUGCGCAUUUUCUUUUCCCAUGAAACAAGUAGUGCACGACAUUAGGUAGUACCUGAGUCGUGCAAUUUUGUUAGUUCAGUCGUUUCUUAGAUUGUGAGCUGUUGCGAUCUUGAUGCCGUAAGACACAGCAGUGCGUCAUUGGGUACGACGCCAAGCAUAUAUGGUUUGGAGAAACAAGAACGCACUGUAGCCAGGUGCUAGCAUCUUGUCGUGCCACAGACGCUACAUGUACCUGCUACAGGUACUAGUACGUAUUGUAGCUGUACCCCGCCCUUGCAGGGAAGGGGGGCUACCAGCAGGUAGUCAAUUGUUCGGCUGCGAACUACAUCAUAGCACAGACUUCGGACACAGAAAGUCUGUCAGUCUUGCUAACGAACAGCCCGCCCUUGCGGGGAAGGGAAGCUAUCGGAUGCUAGUUAAUUAGAACAAAACGCCUCGCCCUUGUAGGGAGGGGCGCCUAGCACGAGCUCGCAGCUGGUGCAAAAGUCUCUUCGCAUAGCCGACCACGUAGCGGAAGACAUUGAGCGAGACGCAGCCUGCUUCCCGCAGGGAGCUAGACACACCGGCCCCGGCUUCCUGGGUGCGGGUCUCAACGCAGUUAGGUUGGCCAGCAGCUAGCUAGCUACCGCGCGCGCCCCUCAGCGCUCGCAAGCACCAGGCGCAACGGCGCAACCCUGAGGCGGAGGUGGCGCGUCAGAGCACGCGGCCUCUGCAGCAAUAGGGACGCACGCCAAGCGCAGGCGCUGACGGCACGAAGGGCCGCGACUGCCGAGAACCAACAAGAGGAAGCCGGGAGCUGCCCCAGUUCUUCGCCCGCGUGGCAGGACUGCUGUGUGUGGUGGCACCGGCUUCGCCGGGGACCCGUUAUCUUUAGUAGCUUGUCUUCCCUCUGUCUUUCGAAUCGCGCGGGCCUUGUGAGGAAUGCGACCGAGCCCAGACGGGAGAGCAUUGCGGCGCC